AUAUAUAGGUGUUUAUUAUUGCAGCAGUUUAUAACUACACAGAGCAGCUAUUGGGUUACUAUUAUGAAUUCUCAGAAACAAAAUCAACCAAGGGAGACUUGCAAUAGUGAUAUCAUGACAAGGAAGGUGUCUGUAUAUGUGAGUCAUGGGUUCUGAUGUUUAUAAAUGACCCAAUUCUGAACUCAGCCCCGCAAAAGUUGCACUUGAGGAAACUUCUCAUGUUUCCGACAACCGAGGUAUCCAGAUGCUAGGACAAAUAAAGCAUGGCUCAUGCCGUCCUCGAGCAAUAUUAUUCAAGGUUCUUGCAGAUACUGUAGGUCUUGAAAGUAGGCUAGUUGUGGGUUUGCCUACAGGAGGAGCUUCUGAGUGCACAGACUCAUAUAAGCAUAUGUCAGUACUAGUUGUGUUGAAUUCGAUGGAACUACUUGUUGAUCUAAUGCGGUUUCCUGGCCAAUUGAUCCCUCAAUCUGCCAAGGCUAUAUAUAUGACCCACAUAUCUGCUGCUGGUGAGAGUGACUCUGCAGAAAAUGAUUCAUGUGAUUCACCAUUGGAGCCUAACAGCCCUCUCUAUGGGGUUACAGAGAGAGGAGAUCUUGAGAGGUAUACCCAUCAUCUACACUUGAUCAAAGUCAUUGAAGUAGAAGGAUGUGGAUGCUGCAUUGAUCACAUCCAUAGAAGAAGUGCCGGAUUUAAAGGCUUAUUUGGGUGCAUCGAGCAUAUUUAAGUAGUAUAUA